UACUUGUAGGUCGUCAGCAUGUCGUUUCUACCGCGGUGUUCUGCUGCUUUUGAGCGGACAAUGCCGCUGUAUAGGUGUUACUCCUCCUUGACAGCUACACCGACAAUACGUCCAAGUAUUUAUCAUGUCCGUUGCAUGGGAAAUCUGCCUGAAAACUGGAAGUCUGCCAAAGAAAUCGCCAAAGAAACAAAGUCAACGAUGGACGAUCAUCCCCGCCCAGAAGGCUCCUGGCAACAGAACUAUACCGACAGAAACAAGAAAUGGAAUAUGAUGGUUGCUGUUAAUGGUGCCAUCUUAGCAGGCACCCUGUAUGCUAUGUACAAGGCUGGCUGCUGGUAUCUGCAUGAGAGACCAGCUAAACCUCCUGUGGAGAAAAAAAGCUCAGAAUCUAAAUCUAUAUUUGGUUUCCAAAAGCCCAAGGUAGUUCUUCAAGAGUUACCCAAGCAUGUGCCAUACCUUCUGAUUGGUGGAGGCACUGCAUCCUUUGCAGCAUUCCGGGCCAUUAAAGCCAGAGACCCAAAAGCAAAGAUUUUAGUUGUUGGUGAAGAGGACAAUUUGCCCUAUAUGAGACCUCCAUUGUCAAAGGAAUUCUGGUUUAGUGAUGACAGAGAGGCAAUAAAGAAUCUAAAAUUCAAGCAGUGGAAUGGGAAAGAGAGAAGUCUGUAUUUUGAACCUGAAGGUUUCUACAUUAAACCUGACCAGUUAGACUCCCAGGAGAAUGGUGGGGUGGCUGUGGCCCGGGGCAGGAAGGUUGUCAAGUUAGAUAUUGGGAACAAAGAGGCCCUUCUGGAAGACGGGGCUCGUGUCACCUAUGAAAAGUGCCUUAUUGCAACAGGUGGUUCACCCAAAUCUCUACCAGUAUUGGACAAAGCAGGGGAAGAUGUUCAACAAAGAACAACAUUGUUCCGCAAGGUUGAGGAUUUCCGGCGACUGGAUGAGGUCACACAGAAUGCCAAAUCAGUCGCCAUUAUAGGGGGAGGCUUUCUCGGAAGUGAACUGGCAUGUGCUUUGGGUAAAAAAGGACGAGACAAAGGUAUGAAGGUGUACCAAAUCUUCCCAGAGAAAGGUAACAUGGGGCGUGUGUUACCUGAUUACCUGUGUAAGUGGACAACCAACAAAGUCAGAGCAGAGGGUGUAGAAGUGCUGCCGAGCAAGGUGGUUCAGGGAAUCAACUACAGUAACCGUAAGGUGCAGAUCAGUCUGGAUGAUGGAGAGACGUUGUCUGUUGACCAUGUGGUUGUUGCAGUAGGGCUGCAUCCAUCCACAGAAUUGGCUGCCACAUCAGGGUUAGAGGUGGACCCUUUUAAUGGUGGUUUCCUGGUGAAUGCCGAGUUAGAGGCUCGCUCUAAUGUUUGGGUGGCCGGAGAUGCCGCUUGUUUCUAUGAUGUAAAGUUGGGCAGAAGGCGGGUUGAGCAUCACGAUCAUGCUGUGGUCAGUGGGAGACUGGCUGGCGAGAAUAUGACCGGUGCAGGCAAACCUUACUGGCAUCAGUCCAUGUUCUGGUCUGAUCUUGGUCCAGAUGUAGGGUAUGAGGCUAUAGGUAUAGUGGACUCUAGUUUACCCACAGUUGGGGUCUUUGCUAAGGCCACAGAGAAGGACACGCCCAAGGCUGUGGUGGAGGAGACCGGGGAGGGGAUACGCUCAGAGACAGAACAGGCUGCCUCCCCGUCUAUGAAGCCUGGUAAAGUUGGCAUUCCACAUGUUCCCUCUGGCACAGACGAGUUUGGUAAAGGUGUCGUCUUCUACUUGAGGGAUAAAGUGAUUGUAGGCAUUCUGCUGUGGAAUAUAUUCAACAAAAUGCCCAUAGCUAGGAAGGUCUUGAAAGAUGGAGGAGAAAAUGAAGAUCUCAAUGAAGUUGCCAAGUUAUUUAAUAUACACGAACCAUCUAAAUAGAGUAAAAUGUACAAAGUCAUGCAUCAUUCUGUUUCAGCAGAAAAAUUCUGAGAAUUUCAUACUGUAUUUUGUAGUGAUAAUGUACAAGUUCUAAGUGUACAUUUCAGUUGGCUAAGCUGCCAUAUCAAUGAGAGAAUGGAUUGCAGGUCAGGUUAGUAUUGACUGAAACUUAAGGGUGUUUGAUUGCUAUUUCAUAUGAAGCAAAAUUACGUAUAGUGAAUCACCAACAUAGAGGUGAAUUCAGUAUUGAAUCACGCACAAGUGGGUGACCCCACUUAAGUGAGGGAUAAAGAACAUAUCUGGGUUGAUUGUAGAAUGUGUCUGGAUCUCAAUAAUCAAAUUGUAAAUAAUUUAAUUACUUAGCCACAGCCAUUGAGCUAUCGUAGGAAUUAUUUGAUGGAAGAAUGAGAUGGAAGCACCACCUGGUCUUGAACUCCUCAUUAGUCAGAAACAACCAACAUAUCACAUAUUGUACAGACAGGAGUCUUGGAGAUUGUGGUAGAAUUGAUCAUAGGCUAACUUCCAGAUGAUUCACUUACGUAAAUGGAGGGCUAGUUACAUGUACUAAUUACCAAGUGCUACUUUUUAUACCCAAGUGAUUUGCCCGGUAACAAAUUCCAUGUAUACAUGUAUGUUAAGAUAUGAGCGAAUGUGUGUUAUUAGAUGUAAAAAAAA